AGAUGGUAUUAUAUAGGGAACAGAGACGCCGCGGGAGCAGGCGUUAAUGGUCUUCUCUCUGUCCUCAUUCUCUCCAUCUCUCUCUCUCUCUCUUUCUGCCUUGGUGUCUCUGUCUCUGUCCGUCUUUGCAAAUGCCAUUGCAGCAACAAUCUCUGUAAUUUGCUUCAGAGAAUCCAAACACAGUGCGUUGCAUACGAUACCGUCAUCGUUCUCUCUUCUCCAUCUCGCCAAACAGUCGAUCGCCAUGGAAACUUCAUCACCUAUCUCAACCCAACACCAAGCGCCGGCGGCGGCCCCUAAGAAAGGCUUCGUCACCGCUCUGAUGGAGGUGGCCACCACUCUCCGGACCCCGUCCUUCCGGGAAGACACCUACGUCGUCUCCCGCCUUAAGCCGGCGGAGAAAAAAGCCCUCCAAAAUCUCAAAGACAAGCUCUCGUCUUCUUCUCCUCCCUCCAUCUGGGGCGUCCCUCUCGUCGACGGCGACGACCGGGCCGAUGUCAUCCUCCUCAAGUUCCUCCGGGCCCGAGACUACAAAGUCUCCGACUCCUUCGACAUGCUGGUGAAGUGUUUAGCUUGGCGCAAAGACUUCGAAGCCGACGAGAUCCUCGACCAGGACUUGGAGUUCAAGGAACUGGAAGGAGUGGUGGCCUACAUGAACGGCUACGACAGAGAAGGGCACCCAGUUUGCUACAAUGCGUACGGAGUUUUCAAAGACAAGGAAAGGUACGAGAAAGUUUUCGGGGACGAUGAGAAGCUCCAGAAGUUUCUGAAAUGGAGAGUUCAGGUGCUGGAGAGAGGGAUCAAGCUUCUGCAUUUCAAACCUGGUGGGGUUAACUCCAUCAUUCAGGUCACUGAUCUCAAGGACAUGCCCAAGCGAGAGCUCAGAGCCGCCUCCAAUCACAUUCUCUCUCUCUUCCAAGAUAAUUACCCUGAAAUGGUCGCCCGUAAGAUUUUUAUCAAUGUACCAUGGUACUUCAGCGUGUUGUAUUCAAUGUUCAGUCCGUUCCUGACCCAACGAACCAAGAGCAAGUUUGUGAUCUCUAAGGAAGGGAAUGUUGCAGAGACUCUAUACAAGUUCAUCAGGCCAGAGGACAUUCCGGUUCAGUACGGUGGACUAAGCCGGCCCAGUGAUCUGCAGAACGGUCCGCCAAAGCCGGCGUCGGAGUUCAGCGUGAAAGGAGGAGAGAAAGUGAACAUCCAAAUCGAGGGCAUUGAGGCUGGUGCAACAAUAACAUGGGACAUUGUGGUGGGUGGCUGGAACCUGGAGUAUAGCGCAGAGUUCCUGCCGGUGUCGGAAGGCAGCUACACAGUGGCUGUGGAAAAGCCUAGGAAGAUCGCCGCCACCGAGGAGGCGAUUCACAACUCUUACACCACCAGGGAAGCCGGCAAAAUGGUGCUAUCUGUCGACAACUCCGCGUCCCGGAAAAGGAAAGUCGCCGCCUACCGGUACUUGGUCCGCAAAUCCACGGCUAUCUAAGCUUUCAGUAAAACUCCCCGGCGGCAUAGUCGCUGUGUCUACUUUUUCUUUGUUAACGUUGUUUGUGGACUUUAAUAUUAUGGUGUAUAAAAUGGUGGGAUUACUACAUUUUGUUCAGCGAUCAGCACAGAAAACACAACCUCCCCCCACCAAAAAAAAAAAAAAAAAGCAGCUUUACUUUGCUUAGCAUUAGUAAUUUGAUCACACAUCUGGGUUUGCUGUUUGGGUGCUCU